AUUAGAAAACACAUUAAUAUCACACUUAUACCCACUUACUCACUCUUGCUUCUCCAGGUCAAUCCAAACUCCUAAAAAGUACAAUAUCUUCAAGGUCAAGAAUUACAAUCCUUCUUUCAGUUCAUACACCUCUCAUAAUGGCGAGUGAAUCUUCUGCAACGGCAGAGGGAGUCGAGCCUCGAGACUAUCCACAUGAUUUCGAGGCAAUUACACCUCUAUCCACAGCCUGGGUCAAGUGGGACGUUAAAGGUGGCGGAGACCGAACCCACGAACCAAAUAUUAACACAAACUACUACCUCGAAGGUAGUCCCAAUAUUCAAGGUGUCGAAAUCAAAGCUACUGUCGGUGUUAGAUUGAUUUGCUGGUCUGGUUCCCCUGGAAAUGGCACUCCGAAUAUUACAUUCGAUGGACCCACCAAUGGUAAACACAAGAUUGAUCCCAGAAGACUUGGGGGCUACCGCGUUGAAAUUCGUUGAAACCCUUUUCAACAUUCCGUGGACGCCAGUAUUCAGUGCAUUUUCUGAUGGUACCUGUUGUUGCAGUAUUGAUGAGUACAUCAAAACUUCCUGCUGCAGGCUGGUCCUGGUUUUCAUAUUGAUCUUUUUCUUUUUGAUCUCCUCGAAUCAUUUCUGUCAUGUCAUAUCUAGAUAUACCACUGUCAUUAUUAAACUAAAUUCAGACUAUCAUUGAAACC